AUGUUCGGUUUCAAUCGAAAGAACGAGUUCGAGGUCGAGGGUCGUACUGUGGUCAUCACUGGAGGUUCUGAUGGCAUGGGCCGCGCUGUCGCAGGCCAAAUGGCUGGAAAAGGUGCUCAUGUUGUAGUGGUUGCUCGCACUGUUGCCAAGCUUGAGGCUACUGUAGAGGAACUCAAGUCCAAGGCCUUGAACACGCUCAAGCAGCGAUUCCUUUACAUCUCUGCUGAUCUCACCGAUGCAUCUGAAUGUGAUCGAGUGAUUGCUGAGGUUACAGCCUGGAACGAUGGCUCUGCUCCCGAUAUCGUCUGGUGCUGUGCUGGAUUCUGCCACCCUGGUUUCUUCGUUGAUGUACCAAUCACUACCCAACGGCAACAAAUGGACACCGUCUACUGGACUGCAGCCAAUGUGGCUCAUGCCACUCUUCGCAACUGGCUGGCACCUAUUCCUCCCAGUGGCCAAAUGCGAAACUCGCGCCGACACCUCAUUUUCACUUGCUCUACUCUUGCAUUUGUUCCAAUUGCUGGCUAUGGUCCCUACUCGCCUGCUAAAGCUGCCAUUCGCUCCUUGUCCGAUACUCUCAGCCAAGAAAUUGAGAUGUACAAUGGCGCCUAUACUCAGCGACACCGCAACACAGCUCCAGCUGCAGAUGUCAAGAUUCACACAGUUUUCCCCAUGGGUAUUCUGAGCCCCGGCUUCGACAAUGAGCAGCAGAUCAAGCCAGAGUUGACCAAGAUGCUCGAGGAAACCGACAAGCCCCAGACCCCCGAAGAAGUCGCCCAGAUUGCCAUCUCAGCUUUGGAGCGAGGCGAGUAUCUCAUUACAACUAUGUUCGUUGGCAACAUGAUGAAAGGCACUGCUCUUGGGCCCAGCCCUCGUAACAACAUUAUUGGCGACACUUUCCUCAGCUGGCUCAGCAACCUUGUGUUCCUUCAAGUCAUUCCUGAUCUUCGCAGCAAGGCAUUCAACUGGGGUAAAACCAACGGUCUUCCUCAACAAGCUAGUGAUGAAUAG